AUGUUAACUUGUCAAAAUGAAAGUUGCUGGUUCGUCUUGGGUCCUUGUGGGACUCUACUUGUUUUUAACUCUAGUCGUCUGUGUAUCUCUAUCUAAUUCUAAGCUGAGGGAGAACUCUUGUGCUUCUCUUAGAAAGAACGAUUGGGCUCAUGGAAAAAAUCUUAUUGAAGAGCUGGCGAUUGCAUCACAGGAGCCUGGGAAGAUUCUCAAUUGGAUGAGUAGUGAUCUUACGGAAAACUAUGAUGCUACUCCGUUCUGGUACAACCUAAUCCAAGCCAUUGCUUUGGCAUCCGGCAUCACGCCGACCACGAACUCGAACGUUCAUGACCUUGUCACGUCGUCUUUCAGCGGCGAUAAUCUUAACUCAUCGCUGAAGGAUGUUCUCGUAGCCAUGGAGUGUAGUGAUAACUUUGCUACAGGUGUUGAGGAAGGAGUCAUCACAGAUUUUGAAGUAGAAAAAGAACAACAAAACGUUAACUUGGCAACAGCCUCAUUGAACUUUGGCGAUGCCGUGCCAUCGAGUCCAGCAGACACCAGCAAGUUGGAAGAGCUGGGAACGCGGGAGCAGGAAGUGCUCGGCAACUCGCUAGCAGACGAUCCUUCACAAGGGCGAUCCCGACGAGAGUUAAAAGAUCGGAGACGGAACUCCGUGUUGCCUGACAUGCACCAGCCCUUCUUCAUGUCAGAAGCUGUCCCCUCAUCCCUGGUUACGAGACAUCCUUCGAUAAUUUCUAUUAGCGGAUGCCCAUCUGGUCACAUCCAGGAUUUACGCGGCAUGUGCCGUCAGGUUUUCCAGUAUACCGUCAACUACGGGCAAUCCAGUCACCCCGGCAGCGGGAAUUCUCAGAACCAACGCCCCUCUCCUGCCACUUUCAACCCUUGGCUGGCGGUUAGACGUCCUCUCGGCCAACAGCCUGGAUCUAUUAAAGACUUGGUGCGCGAGAGUUCAUUCUUCAAGCAUUCCAUCAUGCGGGGAUACGUUCCUCCGUUCUCUUUCCCGAGGUUCCAGCAUGGACUAAAUUCUGGGUCUCCAAGACCGAAACCUAUCAUGGAUACGCCUUUGAGUGACGUCAGAGACGAUACUAGACCGGCAGUUGAAAUCAGUAAUCCACAACCAAAAAUUGUCUUGAUGGGGACAAAAACAGACCUCCAAUCAUCCGUCACGCUGCCCCAACCUGAACCUGUCCUUGACACGAAUCUCAUCAAUGAGAUGCUAGAAAUGUCAAACAAGAAAGCAAAAGGCAGCGGAAGCUCUGAAAAAUCUGAUACUUCUGCUACUCGCGACGCAGAGAAGAAACUAAAAAAAUUGAACGAGGAAAUCAGUCGUGUUCGAGCUAGGCUUUCCACAACCACGCAAUCCAAUAAUGAUGACGAUGAUUAGUUAAUUCCGUAGUUGAUAUAUUUAUUUGUUAAGUGUACAGUGUUGAUGUAAAUAUACUUUACUUGCAAAUCUCCCGUCGUGUUAGAUUAAUUACGAAUCAUUCUACUCUCUCUCCGUACUCAUAAAGUAGGUAUCUUAGAUUGAGAACCUCAAAAGGACACAAUGAAGUGGGCUAGAUUUACUCUCAAAUGGAAUUUUUUUAUGUGCUGUUAAUUUGUCCAGGCUGUCUAACAAUUUUCUGCGCCAUCAGAUAUUUUAUGCCUACCUUAAUUUUCACUUAAAAUUCAUAAGUACAUGAAGUUUGAAAACAUUAAAUUUUUCUUGGACGUGUUUGCCGAGAUGAACACAUUCUCAAUGAAACUGGAAUGAAAUGAAAUACUAUUGCAUGUCACUAGAAUGAAAUGCAAUUGUAAU